CGGCAGUUUGCAAUGAGCGUCUGGCUAUAAAAUCACAACACCCUGAUGAAUUCACUUUUGUUUUCGUUCGAAGCUCAACCGAUCUAGAUAAAAGGCGGUGUCGCUUAGCAUAGAGCUGUGCGUGAAGCGUUAAGCAGGCAGCGGACAACACCAGGAAUCGAAAGCUUUUAGGAGGAAGCGUGUCGUUACAGAGUGUGCAAAUAAAAAAAUAAAGAUGAAGCUGCUGCUGCUAGUGGUGGCGUCCUUGGUCGCCGUAUGCCUUGCCGAGCCAAAGCCUGCCAUCAAUGAGGUCAAGUCAAAUCAACCCCUGCAGAAGCCGGGUCGAUUCUUGUCACUACCCGUACCUGAGAAAUGUGCAUCACGUCCGAAGCAAUUCAGCUACCGUGGACACAACUACUUCUACAGUGCCCAUGUUCCGGCACUUGCUGACAAGCGAGUGGACUGGCUGGAUGGUCGCAACAUCUGCCGCGAGUACUGCAUGGAUCUGGUGUCGCUGGAAACGCAGGAGGAGAACAACCUGAUCUUCCGAUUGAUCCAGCAGAACGACGUGCCAUACAUCUGGACCGCGGGACGUCUGUGCGACUUCAAGGGCUGCGAGGGCCGCCCGGAUCUGGAGCCAAAGAACAUCUACGGUUGGUUCUGGUCGAACAACCGUGAGAAGAUUCACGCCACCAACCAGAUCCCGAACGGUUGGGGAUACAAUCCGUGGAGCAAAUCGGGCCACAAGAAGAUCCCGCAGCCGGAUAACGCCGAGUUCGAUAUCAACCAGACGACCGAGUCCUGUCUGUCGAUCCUGAACAAUGUGUACAACGAUGGUAUCGGCUGGCACGAUGUGGCCUGCUACCACGAGAAGCCGGUCGUGUGUGAAGAUUCCGAGGAGCUGCUGAACUACGUGAGCGCCACCAAUCCGGGAAUCCGUCUGUAAGAUGGAACGCACCGGUUGGCCGACGCUUGUCGUGGAAGAGCAUUAGAACUGCCUGGUAAUGGUGAAACUGCCUCGAAGCGCACCAUCAACUCGAGGAAUCAAACACUCCUCCUUUCUUUCUCCUAUCCAACUCAUGUUGCUACUAUACUGCUCAUCGUGGAAAGGCGUAGUACGUUUCCUCAUUUAGUAGAUCAAUGUUGCAGAAAACGUCCAGUGUUGUAAAUUUGUCUGUUUAAGAAGAAGAAAAUAUGCAUUACAAUGAAAGCGAACGAAGCAAUCGAUUCGGCACCUUUCCAAAUCGCUCGAACGCAAUUCAUCCUUAUUCCCAAGCAUUGAAUUUGUGUCCUAACACUACGGUAAAUUAUAAAACGUUGAAUAUAAUGCUACUUUCUCCGAUCCUUUCACCAUUUGUUCCACUCGACUAUAAAAUUUACAACAGGUAAUCUAAAGUAAUCACGCUGAAAGUAAAUCAACAUCCAUACACAAAUACACACAAGCACUCACUGGAAUACAUGUAAAAUGUUUUCUAAAUGUAUAUUUAUUGAAUAAAUAGACUUUUUAAGAAAUAAUACAAAA